CAAACACGCUGCGUGCGAGCGAAGAGUUAGCUCCAACAACCUUUGUAGCCUGUCCCUCCCUGCAAAGGCGGCGGCUUUACAAGCGCCUUGUUAUCUCCGCUGCUCGUUAGGGCUUUCUUUCCUCAGUUUCCCGUAGACAAUACCCCACCUGAUCUCGUCUCGUCCUCGCCACCGCCGACAUGGGCAACACAUCCUCGAUGCUCACGCAGUACGACAUCGAAGAAGUCCAGGAGCACUGUAACAACACAUUUUCCCAGCAGGAGAUAGUUUCUCUGUACCAGCGGUUCUGUCAGCUCGAUCGCAGCGGCGGAGGUUUUAUCUCCGCCGAUGAGUUCUUGUCCGUUCCCGAAUUCGCCGUCAAUCCUCUCUCUCAGAGAUUGCUGAAGAUAUUGGAUGGAUUGAACUUUAAGGAGUUCGUAUUGUUCUUAUCAGCAUUCAGUUCUCGUGCAAGCUUGCAGCAAAAAAUCGAGUUUAUUUUUAAGGUAUAUGAUUCAGACGGUAAUGGGAAAGUCGCAUUCAGCGACAUGUUGGAUGUUUUGCGGGAUUUGACGGGGCAGUUCAUAUCUGAGCAACAGAGGGAGCAAGUAUUGACGCAUGUCCUAGAGGAAUCAGGCUAUACAAAGGAUUCAUUGUUAAGCAUAUCGGACUUUGUGAAGACUCUUGGCAACUCUGAAUUGAAGAUGGAGGUCGAGGUUCCUGUGGAUUGAAAUGACAUUGAUGGAUCUCAGAGCUAGGUUUCUCGGGGCCAAAAGCAGAGGCACAACACGCUCUUUGUUUCCUUGUAAGUAGUGUCUAAGUGGAGUGGCAUUGCUCAUUUUGCCAACUGAUUUGUUGAACAGUAGCACAAUGUAUUUCUUAGAAGUUAUCUAUUACAUGGCUUUGAGCCUUCUGCUUGUUGAAUAACGUAAUUUAUAGACAGCUUCGCUUCAUAUACGAAUGUUAUCAACUUCACCAUUGGAGUAUUUGGUU